CUAAAAAAAAAGUUUCGGCUUUAAUCACGUAAAUCUAAGAGCCAGAAUGUGACUGGUCUCGGGAAAAGGCGCAAAAAAAGAAAAAAAAAAAUUGAGUAGUCUGUGCUCCCCGCGACACAUCUCUUUUCUUUUUUUUUUAUAUAUAUAUCUUUUUCCACAUAAAAUAUACUAGAUUAAUGCCACAAUAUAUUGGAGCUAUCGACCAAGGAACAACGUCAACACGGUUUUUAAUUUUCGAUCAAAGUGGAAACCUAGUCACAUCACAUCAGUUAGAAUUUGAACAAAUAUAUCCUCGCCCAGGUUGGAUCGAACAUGAUCCUUACGAUCUAUUAGAUUCAGCGAUUCGCUGUGCUGAUGAGGCUGUUAGAAAAUUUGGUAUGAUGGGCCAUGAUAUUCAUGAUUUAAAAGCCGUCGGUAUUUGCAAUCAAAGAGAAACAACGUUGGUGUGGGAUCGUAAAACAGGAGAGCCAUUCUACAACGCUAUUGUUUGGGGUGAUACACGUACAAAUAACCUGGUGAAAGAAUUGGCACAGAAAAAAUCAAACAUCGAUGUUCAGGAAAUUUGCGGUUUACCCAUUCACAAUUAUUUCUCAGCCGUCAAAGUCAAAUGGUUAAUGGAUAGAGUGCCAAAAGUAAUGCAUGCUGUCGAAAACGAAAGAGCCAUGUUUGGUACAGUGGACACUUGGUUAAUAUGGAAUCUGACAGGUGGUAUUCAAGGUGGAAAACAUAUUACUGACGUAACAAAUGCUAGUCGCACAAUGUUUAUGAAUUUGAAAUCGCGUCAAUGGGAUCAGCGUCUUUUAGAUUUCUUCGGUGUGCCAUCUCACAUGUUACCAACAAUCGUUUCAUCUGCAGAAAAUUAUGGUAAAAUGCAAUGGGGCCCUCUGGAAGGUGUCCCAAUCAUGGGUUGUUUGGGUGAUCAACAAGCUGCUUUAGUUGGACAAAAGUGCUUUGAUGUUGGAGAGGCAAAAAAUACAUAUGGUACAGGUGCCUUUUUAUUAAUGAAUGUGGGUGAGGCACCAGUAAUAUCAAAAAGUGGUUUGUUAUCUACCGUUGGAUACCAAUUUGGUCCUGGCGGUCCUGUUGCGUACGCUUUAGAAGGAUCCAUCAGUGUUGCCGGAGCUGCUGUAAAAUGGUUACGUGAUAAUCUCGAAUUAAUCAAGACGUCGGAUGAGAUUGAUGCAUUAGCUGCCAAAGUUAAAUCCACAGGUGGUGUCUUUUUUGUUACUGCCUUUUCUGGUCUUUUCUCUCCUUACUGGCGUGAUGAUGCUCGUGGUACAUUGGUCGGUUUAACACAAUACACAAAUAAAUCUCACAUUGCAAGAGCCACACUUGAAGCUGUGUGCUUUUCAACUCGUGCUAUACUAGAAGCAAUGAAAGCAGACGGAGACGUGCCACUUAAAAUAUUAAAGGCGGAUGGCGGCAUGUCAAAUUCAGAUCAAUGCAUGCAGAUCCAAGCCGAUGUUUUAGGUAUACCCGUGCUUCGUCCUGGUAUGCGUGACACCACUGCACUUGGUGCUGCCUACGCUGCGGGUUAUGCUGCUGGAAUUUGGAAGAGUAUAGAUGACAUAAAAAAGGUUUCUGUUGAUCGGGAAGAUACUUUUAAUGCUAAAUGGAAUGACGAUGAUCGUGAACGUAAAUAUAAACAAUGGGAAGAAGCAGUAGAAAGAAGCUUCGGUUGGACAGAUGUUUACAAACCUGCAGAUCAUAUCUAAAAAAAAAACAUUCCCAUCGUUACCUCCCUUGUUUCCA